GUAUGAUUAAUUGAUUCGUUUUCUUUAUGAUAGAAUACUGUAUCCUUCAUAUUGAGUUAGAAUUACGGAGGACUUUAUGAUUUACGAUGUAUUUGUUGCAAAAUAUGAAUCUUAAACACUUAUAUUCAUGGAAAUUUUGUAUCUUUUUUCCCCUUAUAUUGUAAAUUUGUAGAAGUAGGAAUGAUUUCAAUUCAUAUUUGUUUACUAUUGAUGUUAUCUCAAAUGUUCAAUGAAUGCAAAUUUCUGUAUUUGGUAUAUUAGAUUUGUUUUCAGGUUGGAUGCUGAAUGGACAAAACAAGGAUAUUAAACAGAUGUAAUAUAUAUCUCCCAAAUUUCAAUUGACACUAUAAACUUGAGAAUAUUGCAAGGUUUUUUUAAGUGGUUUGGGGUUAAUUAUGAGGUGAUAUGGGUAAAACGAUGUGUUUUAGUAGGACUGUUUACCUUUUAUUAUAUUAAUUUGUGAAAAAAGUUAUGAAAUUUAGGCUGCACUUGUUUUCAUUAUCAUAAAAGGUUUCCUUUUUGCUUUUGUGUUUUACAUAUUAUUUUUAUUUUCUUUUUCAUAUUUUGAAAAACAUUUUUGCUUUUUAUUUGGCACAAGUCACAACCAUUGCCUUGUGACAGCAGUGGGGAGCUAGAUUUCUUAUUCUUUGUUUGGAUUCUCCCUUCUAUUCAGCAGCUUGGCCACUUAAUGAGGACAUUCUAUUAUGUUGAAUGACUCAUAGUUCUAAUUUAUAAGGAUUAGGCAUUUUUGUCAUAACUGUUUGGUGUUGAUGAUGCUUAUUUUCAGAAAUUUUUAUUGGGUUUCUUUCUUUUUGAGGGCUUUUCUAUUGUUAUGUGGAGUUGUUAGUCUUCAAUAACAUUUAUAUACACCAUAAUAAUAUAGUGAAAAAGAUAGGAUAUAUGCCAUCUAUAACCAAAUUAGAAGAUCAGUUCGUAACUUGGGAAGUGAGAGAUGUGAGCAGGUGGUGGGUGCUGAUGAUUUUUUAUUGCCCUUGCUCAAUUGUGACAUUUGCUUCUUCAUGUGGUAAAAAGAUGGAGCACACAAUGGUUAAUAGCAAUUGAUGAGGCGAAAAAGUCGCUCUAUUUCACCAAGAGGCCACAGAAGCCGUUCCCCAACUCCGAGGCGCCAUAGAAGUCGAUCUUCAGCCACGAAACGAUAUAGAAGACAUAGAAGCCGGAGUUCUUCGCUAUCUCCUGUUCACAAGUCUUCCAGUUCAAGUCUUGGGUCAAUAGAGCAGAAAAAUGUUGUUGACAAACAAAGGAAAGAAGAAGAGAAGAAAAGGCGUCAACAGGAAGCGGAAUUGAAAUUAAUAGAAGAAGAGACUGCAAAGAGAGUUGAAGAAGCCAUUCGUAAGAGAGUUGAAGAAAGCUUGAACUCCGAGGAGGUUCAGGUCGAGAUUCAAAGGCGGUUGGAAGAGGGACGAAAGAGACUAAAUGUUGAAGUCACAGCCCAACUUGAAAAAGAAAAAGAAGCUGCUGUUAUUGAAGCUAAACGGAAGGAGGAACAAGCUCGGAAAGAAAAAGAAGAACUCGAGAGGAUACUUGAGGAGAACAAGAGGAAGACCGAAGAAGCUCAGAGAAGAGAGGCUCUAGAGCAGCAGAGGAGGGAGGAGGAACGAUACAGAGAGCUCGAAGAGUUGCAGAGGCAGAAAGAAGAGGCCAUGAGAAGGAAGAAACAAGAAGAGGAGCAGGAACGUUUGAACCAAAUAAAGUUGUUGGGUAAAAACAAAUCCCGACCCAAGUUGUCAUUUGCUCUAGGAUCCAAAUGACUUUGGCAAUUUACCUUUGAGUCUAUUAUUUGGCCUGAACUCGUAUUCGGCUUUUGUAAUUUUGAUGAAACUUUGUAGCCUCCUCUGCUCCUCAUGACACCUUUGUAUCUGAUUAAAACAUUGAAUUAGAUUCCUCCAUUGCCCCCACCUAGUUUUUUUCUUUUCUUUUUUUUUUUUUGGGUCAGAUCCCCACCUAGUUUGUCAUAUAUUUUGUGUCUUUGAUGGUCUCUUUUUUCUUUUUUCUGUUGGGAAAUGAUGCUCACUAUAGAUGAAAGGGGGCAACAUAUGUCAUUGAUUGGGCUAAUAGGCCCAUUGGGCUUGAUAAAAUUUUGUUUC